CAACCAGGGGGGAAAAUUGAGGAAGAAGAGCUAAAGAAUUACCAUGCGGGACAUGUGUACGCAUUUCAAGAAAAUGGCUGGAUGGAUCGCCAUCUCUGGGUACGGUAUUGCAAAGAGCUCCUCAAGUUUGAGGUAGACGCACCCUCUGUCCUUCUGUUGGACAACUUCGACUGCCACGUCUCAGAAGAGGGACAGAGGAUGGUUGCAGAUGAGACCGGGGCCACCGUGGUGUCGCUUCCGGUGAACAGCACCGCGGUGUGCCAGCCCCUUGACGUUGGUGUCAUGGGGCCUCUCAAGAAGAGCUUGAGAGCACUGUGGCCCAAGGAGCAGUCGGUCGAGGCUGAUGAAGACAAGGAAACUGCCAAAGAGAAACGCUUAGCGUUAAUCAAGCGCACGAUCGCUGCGUGGGUGCUGAUGUCCGCGGAUACAAUUAUUGCGGCGUUCGAGAAAGCUAUCCCGAAGUUUCCGACGAUGAAGAUCUAA